UGAAGAAGCGAGCAGCAACGCACGAACGAAGCCAACAAUCCCGUUCGCUCCCAGUCCCAGAAACACGCCGCCAGCCGCCAACUCAUCGUCUCCCUCUCGUUCUCAUCCUCUUCCCCAAAUCCAAUUGAUUGCCCCGAGUUCCUAUGAGGCCAGAACCCCAACUCCCCAAGCUAAUCAAUGAAUUGUUCAUUAGUAUCACACUUCAGUGUAUUUCUUUGCAUCCUACAAAUACCCCAAGGGCCCCGGCGAACGGAUCCAGAGAGGCGAGCCGGCCAGCGACGACACACCCUGUGCCCUGGCAGGAACACGGAGAGUAGCAGCCGGCAGACGGUCAUCGAUAGUUGGGGCUGUGGUCCGCCUGUCCGGCAGUGGAGAGCGGAGACGUGGAGUCCAGGCAACUCCUCUGUGGAGCAGCGUUGGAUUUCUUCUAUUUGCUCCAAGAGACCAAGAACAGGAUUCGUGAAGACAAGAAUUCAGGUGUUCUCUCUCCUUUUAACUGUUCCUUUUUCAAAACUUAAAUCACUAAAGAACUAUUUGAGAUCAACCAUGUCACUAGAUAGAUUGAAUGGCUUGGCCAUGGUGCUUUAUUGAGAAAGAUACGUCGGAUAACAUUGAUCUUGACACUAUUAUUAGUGAUUUUCCAUCCAGAAAUACUCGAAGGUGUCGUUUUUCUUGAGUAUGCCAUUCACUUCUUUUUUGUGUAUUUGUCAGGUGGCUCCUGAUAUUUGCUGAUGCGCGUUUGUGGUUGGACUGGUAGAGUUGGAAUUGUAGCUUCUAUCGAAUUGGAUCAAGAAUUUGAGAACAAUGUCACAUAUAUAUUUAGUUAAGAAUUAAGACAGGACUUCUAGGUUGUUGGAGCGUGUAUCCUAAUAAUCCUAUAAUCAUCUGAUAUAUCCGUGGACCGUGGUGUAUUAAGACCAUAUGUGCUAGUGAAUUUUACUUUUAUAUGAAUUUUCGUUGUACAUGAUAGAUAGGUUUGGAAGGUUUUUUUUGUCUAUUAGAUAGUAGUGUUAAGGGCCCAUUUUCUCAGUUCGCACAAGGGCCUCUCGAAUGUCAGGGCCGGCCCUGCUGCCCAGAUCCUGGUGGAGCGGCAAGCCUGCAGCAAUCCGUGGGCAAACAUGAGUGGGUUGAAAAAGAAGUUUUUUUUUUCUCUUUAGCAAGUGAGUGGCUCAAGGCUAUUGAUUUUUUCUACUGUAUUGGGAUUUAGUCCUGUUAAUUAAUUCGCAUAGUUUGCACUAGUGAUUUUUUUUGAGCUGAAGCACUAGUGAUAUUCUGGUUGGGACUUGGGAGCAAACACCUUUAUUGCACAAGUAUAUUCUGACUGCGCCAUUGGUCCUGAACUCCUGAUACUGCCAAAGGAAGCUCCUUUCUGUUCUUGUUGCUAUCUUUUCCCUAAACAACCUGUAAAUACUAUCUGGAAGAACAACUGAGUUUCCAUAUGGUUAGGAAGUGCUAAUUUUGCUUCAGAAGGUCCAAGAACUGUUUGGUAGCUUUCCAGAUCACUCGAGUGUGCAUAGGCUUUUCAUCAAAAGACUCUUAAGGUCAAGUUUGUUGUCGACCCACUUAGCUAGGUCCUUAAGUUCAUUAUGUAUGUGGGCGUCGGUUAUAAAUACAAUACCAUGUUCGUCAUUGCUUAUCUUCUGCUUCCUGAGCUGAGCAUUAUAUUGCUUCAUGUUAGUAGUAGUACCUGAUGAAAUAUGCAUUGGUUGUAGCAGGAACCAGAACUAAAUCAUAUAGUUGUUUUAUGGCACGCUUCUGAUGGCCAACACUACAAUGGGAAGUACCACUCGAUCAUGCGAUGUGUACCUGCUGUUCAAUGGCGAAACACUGCUUCCAAAUGGUGUCCGUGCUUUCCUUUGUACUGUUGCCCUAGCGUACUGUUUUAUUGGUUUAUCCGCGAUCACUGCCCGGUUCUUCAAGUCGAUGGAGAGCAUCACAAACCACUCUCGGGAGGUAGUUACAAUUGAUACAGAAACAAAUAUGCCUAUCGUGAAGCAUGAGAAGGUUUGGAACUACACUAUAGCGGACAUUGCUCUGCUUGCUUUUGGUACCAGCUUUCCCCAGAUCUCCCUCGCAACAAUCGAUGCAAUCCGUAAUCUCGGUCAACUGACAGCAGGAGGUUUAGGUCCAGGUACACUUGUGGGUUCUGCUGCGUUCGAUCUGUUCCCGAUCCAUGCUGUCUGUGUGGUUAUGCCAAGGGCAGGCUCUAUGAAAAAGAUUUCCGAUUUAGGUGUUUGGUUAGUUGAGCUGUUUUGGUCAUUCUGGGCAUACAUCUGGCUGUAUAUUAUUUUAGAGGUGUGGACACCUAAUGUGAUCACCCUCUGGGAGGCCCUGGUAACAGUUUUGCAGUAUGGAUUACUUUUGGUUCAUGCGUAUGCGCAGGAUAAGCGGUGGCCAUAUGUGUCAAUCCCUUUGGUCAGAGGUGAGAGACCUGAAGAUUGGGUUCCAGCAGAAGAUACUUCACUUCACCAUGACAAAAAUUGUGAUGAAAAUAGUAACAUACUACCCAGCGAGAAUGAUGAUGUGGAUAUAUUCUCCAUUCAUUCUUACAGCAAUGCAGAUUUCCCAUGUCUCAGCAGCAUGGGGGAGCCGGUGUCCUCGGCCGGAGUUGCAUCUACUUGCGGGCGACCUCACUGUGACGAUCACAUCUACAGCUGCAGAUUCGGAGGUACAAACGACUGGUAAAGAAGCUCCUUCAACUAUUUGAUUUAAGAGAAGACAUGGGUUGGUGCUAAAAAUAUAUGUGUUGGCUAUAGGGCCAUAGAAAUAAUGAUCGAUGAUCAAAUCCAUCUCUGCAUUUAAAGGAUGACUCCUUCGGCGGUGUGCUGUCAAAUUUGAUGAAGUUGAGCAUGCCUGCCUUAUGAUCAAUCCUGACAGUGUGCAGCAUGGCUGCUGGGUGUUUCUUUUCAAGUAAAUGGCAAUGCUAAGUUGCUGGUUUAACUUAGUAUUGUAGGGAUGGACAUAUGGAUUGAGAGGUACCCUAUUGAAAGCUACACAGAUCUUAGCAGCCAAGAACUUCUAUUAGAAUAGCUUCGAUGGAGAAAAGUUAUUAUGGAUGGUCUUUUGUACUAUGUGCUUCAAUCAGAGCUUCGAUUUUCUUAGCCGGCAACAAGGUGUAAGAUAGCUUUGUGGAUGGUUUGGUGCCUUUGGAGCUUCCUCCAUUGAUGCAUGCAUUCUAUUCUGCACAUACCCUUCAUCUCCUACCUCCUCGUGUUCGUGCUCUCUGCUGUGAUUGGGCGGUUGAAAUCAAUUUAUCUGGAUAGCGAGGAGCAAUUCAGUAAUCAUUUACACACCAUGUAUACUUCAUUUUAUUUCAUGUAUAACCUGUAUAAGACAGAAAGUGGGUAGCUCCUCCGUUUCAAUGCUAGCCUGAAAAAUACUGAGUUUCCCUUUAGAUAAUUUCAUGUAUAACAUGUAUAAGAAAGUACCAUUACUUGAAAA